GUUUUCAUGACACAGGGUAGGCAGACUUGCUAAACCUUUAUCCUGGUUUUAAGAGGUCAUCUGGGGAAGGAAAAUGCCUCAGUCUCCUGUCAGUGCCAAACGACUACCCAGAAACAAGAGUGGGAAAAAAGGUGGGAAGAAGAGUGGGAAAAAGAGUGGGAAGAAAUCUGCGUCAGCAGUGAAGGAAAAUGUAGACAUUAUGAGCGAAGCUGCCAUGAAAAACUUGUACUACAUAGCACAUGGGCCCGUGGAAGCCCUAGAAAUGAGGGGUUUUGGUUGGGAGGGUGCACCCAAGAAAAAAGGAAAGAAAGGCAAGAAAAAGAAGAAAUAGCAUCUAGACAUGUACCUGAUUUUGUUUAUUUAUUCUGUCCAUUGUGUAUGUACAUGUAGUCUUUGGAACAGGGCAGUAGGAAAGUGAAAGAAGACGAGGAGAAGAGGACAGGUGUAGUGAGAUACAGCUCUGUGACAUAAAAAACAGAACUUCAUAAAGCAAAAUUCAGCCUAAAUUUUUAUCUGUGUUUCAUGACAAUCAAUAUUUGCCUCUUAUUGAUAAGAGAAUGUUCUGGUGCUGCCAUGCAGUCAGAGGAAAAAACCCAGUGUGACAGACAUGACAGGAUGACAAAUUGACAUACAAGACCUACGUAGUCUCUGUAAUGUUGUUUUUAUUACAUGAUGAUCCAGGUCAGCUUUUGGACAAAACUGGAUAAAAAUAUAUUUUUAAAGACUGGAUAAAAUUCCUCUGAACGUUAAUUAAGGCACAUUGCAGUGUUUUCACAAGAGCUAACCACAAUUUUAUUCUAGUUUGAACAUGGCUGUAUGACUGAUGUCAGUGCUAUAUCAACCUGAUUGUGCCUUGGCAAACUGCUGAUAUUUAACAGGGUUUCGAUUCAUUUAUGUAUGCAUACGUACUGAGCACCUAAAUGGAAUGUACAUGGAGUAUAUAUGGCGUGGGUUUGCAACAGUUGUGCAUUACUUUAUGAAAGGAUUUUAAUUUACACUUGUUUAAUCA